CUAAUUCACCCAUCUAAACUUUCCCAAAAACACACACAAACACCUAAACACCCAUCAAAACCUAUCCAAGAAAACACCCACAAACACCUAAGCACCCAUCAUCAAAACCUACCCAUAAACACACACAAACACCUUCCAAGAAACACACACAAACACCACCUUCCAAGAAACACACACAAACACCCAUCAAAAACCUUCCAAGAAACACACACAAACACCNACCUUCCAAGAAACACACACAAACACCCAUCAAAAACCUUCCAAGAAACACACACAAACACCUAGCCAAGAAACAUCCGUAAAACCUAGCCAACGAACACACGAAAUCACAGAAAUGGAAGCACGGAAAAGAUCAUCAUCGGCAACAACAACGUGCAAGAAACACCCGAAGCAUCGGCAAUCUCCUGGGAUUUGCUCGUUAUGUUUAAGAGAAAGACUAUCGAAGAUAUCAAGCUCUUCAUCACGUGCUGUCACAAACGUAUCAUCUUCGUCGUCUUCAUCGUCAAUCUCAUCGAUAUCGUCGGUUUACUCUUCGAAUAACUCAUCCAAUGCCUCCUCUUACACUGCAUCUCCCAUGCAAAACUAUCGGAAUCUUCGAAAGCUCGAUAAUCUUGAAGGGAAAGGGUAUCUUUAUUUCUUGAAGAAGAACAGUGCAGGUGUGUUGAAGAAGAGUAGAUCAGUGGCUGUUGUUAGUGAUCGAAAGAACGUUGUUCAAGAUCAAGCGAUGAAGGAGAAAGUUGGGUUUUGGUCAAAGUUGAUGGGGUCAAAAAGAAGCUCCUCAAGAAUGAUGCAUUCAAGAACAAUGAGGGAAACGUUGGUUUCCAGGGUUUGAUUUUAUUUAUUUAUUUUUCAUAAUAUUUUUUGAAUAUUUGUGAGGAAAAAAGAAAUUCCCUUUGUGGGUUAUAUUAUAUUUAUUUAUUUAUUUAUUAUCUUGGUUUAAUUUGUGGAAAAUGUGGAGAAAAUUCAAGGAAAGAGGAGUGGGUAUACGAAUUAUAGGAGUAGGAAAAGAAUUAUUUAUUUGUUU